UUCCCAAGGAAAUUAAUAUUCGUCAACAGUGGAUGGAUGCUUGUGUAAAUAGAAAAAAUAUAAAAGUUGAAUCAGCGAGAGUAUGCAAUCUUCAUUUUGAUGAUAACUGUUUCAUAAUGGAAUGGACAAAACCAUAUUUUAAAAAAACUACACUGCCCAGACAAUUACGAAGAUUAAAAAGGGAAGCUAUUCCAACAAAAAUGUUAUAUAAAGAGAAAAAAAGAAAAACUCAUGAGACAUGUAUGAGACAUAAUACAAAAAUGCCUACGUAUUCUGAACUUGUAACUUUAGCACAAAAGGAUCAAGUUCCAGAAAAAGAAAGUACUGAAAUUAUAGAAGAGCAAAAUUGUAGUACAAAGGAAGACACGAUAAACAAUGAAAUAUCAGCACAUACGAAACUCGACCAGAACGGCUGUAUAUCAAACGAACUCCUAUUGGAAGAAAAAAGAAAUCUUGAGAAAGAAAAUCGACAGUUAAAUAUGCAAAUAACACAAUUGCAAGCAGAAAAUAUAAAAUUGCAAAAAGAUCGGCAGAAAGAAGUCGAAGAAUUAACCACCAAUAUUUUGUGUACAGUAUUCACUCCAGGAUCUAUGGGAGGAAGAUGCGAUCAUCCCACACCUGUACAACUAAAACAUCAUUUAAAGUGGUACAUCUUGGGAAAGGACUCAGGGCAUAUGCUUUCAGCAGGAGAAAAUACCGAAGGAGACAAUAACUGUGCUACAUUUAUUAAUAUGGAAGCUAUAAAUAGUCCAGACUUUAUUAAUCUUGACAUUUCGGAUUUUCCCUCAGAAAAUGAAAACAUAACCGAAGAAGAAGCAAUAUUUAUGUCCAUUCAACAAUCAGAAGAAGAUAUUAUGAAUCUCAGAAGGGAAGAAAUAGAAAAUUAUGGCAUAGAAGGAGAAACUGUACAAGGUAGCAAAAAUUAA